AACCAAACCAAGAAAAACCCAAAAUGCAACCUGAACCCGACCCGUAAAACCUGCACUCACGUCAACCCAACAUGACCCGAAAGAGUCGAUCCUGCGUACUUACUACGUAGCUAGCCGCCUAUCGUUAACUGCUUCCACCUUCUGAACCGGCGGAGAGGUGGAGAAUGGGUAGCGGAGGAGAAAAGGAUCUUCACAUAGCAGCAAGGUCAGGUGAACUAAAUGACGUUCGGGCUAUUCUCGGUUCUAAUCCUUUAGCCAUCAAUGCCAGAGAUAAGCACUCAAGAACUCCACUACAUUUAGCAGCAUGGUCUGGGCACACAGAGGUUGUGAAUUAUCUCUGCAAACAGAAGGCUGAUGUUGGUGCAGCUGCCAUGGACGACAUGAGCGCAAUUCACUUUGCUGCUCAAAAGGGACAUUUAGAAAUAGUUCGAACUCUGUUGUUAUUUGGAGUCUCAGUCAAAGCUUCGAACCGGAAGGGCCUAACUCCACUUCACUAUGCUUCUCAAGGGUCUCAUCUGGAGCUUGUGAAAUACUUGAUAAGGAAAGGUGCAAAUCUUGGUGCCAAAACAAAAGCUGGGAAGACCCCCCGUGAUCUUGCACGUAGUGACGGAAUCCGCUUGCUUCUGGAAGAAUAUGAAAAGUCAGCCAAAAGAGAAAAUCCAAGUGGUAGUCGGAAAGUUGAAAACUCUGAACCAAAGCCAUCGGAGUCGGAUAAAACAGAAAAGCCUUCCAAGGUGAAAAGUGCUGCUGCCGAGAUUGAUGAACAAGGGGAUGAAAUGGGGAAGAGGAAGGUUGAAGAAGAUAACAAGGGAGAAACAGCAACAAAACCAAAGAAGGCUAAAGUAGCACUGAACCAUCUUCUGAGUGAAGAUGAUACUCAAGAAGAUGAAGCUUUGUGAAAUAAGUGAAAGAAUGACUAUAACUUAAAGAGUUUCCCAUGAGCUAUUGGCAUUCACUAUUAGUGUUCAAAUUAAUUAGAGUUUUCAAAAUAUGGUUUCUUGUCAUUGUUGUGGGAUAAGAAUUUCUUUUUUUUUUUUUUUUUUUUUUUCAGUCUUAAAAAGGGUUUUCUUUCAAAGUGGAACUUGAGCGGAUAGAAAAAUUACCGAGUAUGUAUGUAGGUAGUAAUACUUGUGGUGGUUUCUUGUCAUUGUUGUGAUAUAGGUAGUAAUACUUGCACAUUAUUGCCGGGCA